AUGGAGACCUCUCAAAAGCGAAAGAAUUUACCAGCAAAAAUUCUUCGAUGGUUCCCAUUGAAGCCAAGACUGCAGAGGUUGUUCAUGUCCUCCAAAGUUGUUGAGUCGAUGAGAUGGCACCAUGAGGGUCGAUUGAAUGAUGGUCUUCUUAGGCAUCCUGCUGACUCCCUUGCUUGGAAAGAGUUUGAUGCUCGAUAUCCAAUAUUUUCUUCAGAUCCUCGUAAUGUUCGAUUAGAAGUGACUUCUGAUGGGUUCAAUCCUUUCAAGACUAUGAGUAUUACUCAUAGCACUUGGCCUGUUAUGGUAAUUCCAUAUAAUCUUCCUCCUUGGAUAUGCAUGAAACAGUCACUCUUCAUGUUAUCACUACUAAUUCCUGGUCCUAAAGGUCCUGGAAAUAACAUUGAUGUUUACCUACAACCAUUAGUACAAGAGUUGCAAGACUUAUGGGAAAAUGGAAUUGAAACAUUUGAUGCCUAUAAGAAAGAGACAUUUCAACUUCAUGCUGUUAUAAUGUGGACUAUUAAUGACUUUCCAGCAUAUGUUAACCUGUCUGGAUGGAGUACUAAAGGUCAGUAUGCAUGUCCUUGUUGUGGUAUUGAAACAACCUCACGAUGGUUACGUCAUGGUAAAAAAAUUUGUUACAUGUGUCAUCGUCGUUGGUUAGCUCCCAACCAUAAAUGGAGGUUAAAUAGUAGAGAUUUUGAUGGAACACGGGAGUUAAGGAAUCCUCCUAGAAGAAUUGAUAGAAGUGAUAUUUUAAGGCAAAUGGAUGAAUCUAGAGAAAAAGGUCUAGUGAAUGGGGCACAACCUUGGAAAAAGAAGAGUAUUUUCUUCACAUUGCCUUAUUGGCAAUAUAAUGUAUUGCGUCACAAUCUUGAUGUGAUGCACAUUGAAAAAAAUGUAUGUGAUAACAUCAUAGGUACAUUGUUAAACCAAGAAGGAAAGUCCAAAGAUAAUUAUAAGGCGCGAGCUGACCUUGUAGAUAUGGGCAUAAGAAAUAUGCUUCACCCACAACCGAGCCCUAAAAGUAGUAUAAUGUUUUUGCCAAGAGCAUGCUAUCAAAUGACUAACAAAGAAAAGGAUGCUUUUUUGAGCAUCCUUAAGAAUGUAAAAACUCCAGAUGAAUGCUCAUCAAGCAUCCCACGCUGUGUGCAUAUCAAGCAACACAAAAUAUUUGGCUUAAAAAGUUAUGAUUGUCAUGUUUUGAUGCAAGAGCUUAUUCCAAUUGCAUUAAGAGGUACAUUGCCAGAUAAAUUCACUUCAGUUUUGAUUGGUUUGUGCAAAUUCUUCAAGCAAAUUUGUUCUAAGGUACUUAAUGUGGAAUUUCUAGAACAAUUGGAGUCUCAAAUUGCGGUGACACUUUGUCAAUUGGAAACAAUUUUCCCUCCUUCAUUUUUUACUAUCAUGGUGCAUUUGGUAAUCCAUUUGGCAUAUGAAGCCAAGGUUGCUGGACCGGUACAAUAUAGAUGGAUGUAUCCUAUUGAGAGAUAUGCAUCUUUUAUUAUUAACAAUCUGCUUAAUGAAAAAGCAUAUCCAGAAGGAUCAAUUGUAGAAGGUUAUUUGGCCAAUGAAUGUUUGACGUUUUGUUCGCAAUAUCUAUUUGGGGUUGAAACAAGGUUUAAUAGACCUAGAAGGAAUGAUGAUGAAAUUCAUUAUACAUUGUCAGAUAAUGUGACAUUCUUACAUCCUAUUGGAAGACCAUUGGGGGGUAAAAGACCACAAAAAUUACAAAUAGGGAAGCGAAAGAGAGUGAGUAGAACUAAACUUGACAAAAAAGAGUUAGCACAAGCACAUAGAUAUGUGCUUCCUAAUUGUGACGCAGUUGCUCUAUUUAUAGAAGAACAUAUUACAGUUCUUAAAAGACAGUCUCGGCCACGACAAUUGUCACAGCUUGAAAUUGAUAAACAACAUGGUCAAAAAUUUAUUGAGUGGUUUCAACAAAGGAUUCAGCGUUUGGAUGAACAAAUGAGUCCACAAGUAACUCAUGAACUUAGAUGGUUAGCUCGUCGGCCAUCUGAGAUAUUAGAUUAUUCUGACAAGUACAAGGUUGUUCUAUUCAAAUGUAAUUGGGUUGAUAUUAAGAGAGGUGUCAAGAAAGAUAAGUUUGGACUGACACUUGUGAAUUUCAAAUUUUUAAAACAUACUGGAAAAAAUAUUUGUGAUGACCCUUUUGUUUUUGCAUCACAAGCUAAAAAGGUGUUUUAUGUAUAUGAUGAGAGAAACAAGGAUUGGCCUGUUGUUCUGAAUGCAAAGGUUAGGGAUAUCUAUGAUAUGGGGGAUGAAGAAUCUAACAAAGUUGAAGAAAUUCCUGAGCAAAUAAUGCAUGAUACAAGUGAAGAUACUCGUAAUGUUAUUGAUUUAGUUAGAGUUGAAGUUGAGGAUGAUAAUGAUUUCUUUGAAGUUGUUGUGGAUGUUGAUAAUCUUGGUGAUAAUGAAAAUGAAGAGGAUGAGGAAUGGGAGAAUAUGUUUUAG